AUGGAGGAGCCCCACAAAGAGAUCACUUUGCGACCAAUGGAGUUAACCGAUGUUGACGAGUUCUUGACAUGGGCGACCGACGAUAGAGUCACUCAUUUUACCCGUUUUGACACGUUCACUUCUAGGGAUCAGGCAAUUGAGUACAUGAAGAUUCCUCAUCCAUGGUUGAGGGCCAUAUGUGUUGAGAAUAGGGCAAUCGGGAUGAUAUUUGUGAUACCGAUUCCAAAUGAGGGAAAACGAAGGGCGGAAAUGGGGUACUUGCUAGGGUUGAGACACUGGGGGAAGGGGAUAGGAACGAAGGCGGUGAAGAUGGUGGCAUCAACCAUUUUCAAGGAAUGGAGUGAGCUUGAGAGGCUUGAGGCAGCUGUUGAUGUGAGAAACAAGGGAUCUCAAAAGGUUUUGGAAAAGGCUGGUUUUGAGAAAGAAGGAGUUUUGAAGAAAUACAUGAAGUUAAAUGGGAAAGCAAGAGAUAUGUUCAUGUUUAGCCUUGUUUCUCAUGAUCAUGAUCAUGAUCAAGAUCAAGAUCUUCCCAUUAUCUAG